AUGCACUGUUUGCACAACUGCUCAAACUACUGCUGUGGCUUAUCACAUUCUACAGCAGCAGCAAAUGAGAAAGCAGCUCGCGAGUGCUAUGGUGUCUUUUGUACCAAUUCGCAGAUUUCUCGUGAAGCUUACGAAGUCUUCGUUCGUGUGAAUCAAUUUGACCUCUACGCACACUUGCCCUACGGCCGGAAGGUUCAAGUCUUUCAGCGCAAAGCGCUGAGUACAGACUACAACAUCAAAAGAAGGAUCCAGCAGCUUGAAGCUCAACAUAUUAAGCACUUUUAUUUGCGGAUGAACUUGUCUUCAGGUGGCUCAUCAACAGUACCUAACGAUUCAUGGAACGACUUGAAGAAAAAGGGGCGUUCCGACCUUGAAGCAUGGUUCAGGAGCCCAGAAGGUCUGACCGACUCCCGCAAGUGGCCCAUAAGGACUCAAGAUCAUACAAGCGACACUUACCUACAGAGAUUGAAAAGGCUGAUGGAAACUCAGAGGCAAGGCUUCUGUAAUUUGCGGACAUUGACUAUUGAGCUGUGUAUUCAUGAGGGUUGGGACUUGAUCCGGCCUGCCCGUUCGUUGGAACAAUGUGGCAUUGUCCUGCAAUUCGAGAUUACAUUUCACGCUUUAGAGGCUCACUUGAAAUUACUCGACGGGCAAAAAGAAUAUGAAGAGCAUGUUGGCCAUUGGAAAGACGUUGAUCCAAAAAGACGACCAUUCAUGCCGCUACAAUGCAUGCGCCAAAUUCAAAGCGUAACAGUACGAAGGACGUGGACGAUCAGACACGUUCAACUGGAGCCGAAGUGUGUCGAUCCGAAGGACCCAAUCUCGUUUGAAGAAAGCUGGAAGGAAACUCAACUAGCCCAGCGUUUUCGAUACAACACCAUCGGCGAGAUGCUCGAUGCUGGGGGGCCUGACUUUGAGGCUUUUCGCAAGAUCAGGCUGGCUCAGGCUGGUAUCGAACAAGAAGAUGUGAUACUGAUUCAGGAGAAUACACCCUUCACCUCUGAAUCGAAGCUUGUAUCACAGCCUAAAGCCUUAGGGAGGGCAGCCGUGCCCAGUCCUCCAAAACUUGUCUUUGAGGCGUAG